AUGGCUAUGCCAUCAUUAUUCUCUGAGUAUUGGAGACUUGAGGACGUUCUACAGAAACAUAAAGUGCUAAAAGCCGCGUUGGUCAUCCAGAACUGGUACCGAAGCUACUGUGCUCGGUGGAAGGCCAGACAGCGCUAUGCCCUCACCAUCUUCCAGUCUAUCGAAUAUGCUGACGAACAAGGCCAACUGCAGCUAUCCAAUUUCUUUUCCUUCAUGUUGGAAAACUAUACACAUAUACACGAGAAAGACCCAGAAUUAGUUGCUCGACUUUUUGGUAGCACCCUCCAGGACUGCAAGGAUAGACAGGAGUAUGUCUCAUUCAUAGACGUCCCAGACUCCUAUAAUGGUCCUCGGCUGCAAUUUCCUCUCACUUUUACUGACAUUGAUUUACUUGUUGAGGCCUUCAAGCAACAACAGAUACUUCAUGCUCAUUAUGUCUUAGAGGUGCUCUUUGAAACAAAGAGAGUCCUGAAGCAAAUGCCGAACUUCACUCACGUAAAAACUUCUCCCUCCAAAGAGUUAACAAUCUGUGGUGAUUUGCAUGGGAAACUGGAUGAUCUUUUUUUGAUCUUCUAUAAGAAUGGUCUUCCCUCAGGGAGCAACUCAUAUAUUUUUAAUGGUGAUUUUGUAGAUCGAGGAAAACAUUCCAUAGAGAUCCUAAUGAUCCUGUUUGUGAGUUUUCUUGUCUACCCCAAUGACCUGCACUUGAACAGAGGGAACCAUGAAGAUUUUAUGAUGAAUCUGAGGUAUGGCUUCACAAAAGAAAUUUUGCAUAAAUAUAAGAUGCAUGGAAAGAAAAUCUUACAAAUCUUAGAAGACGUCUAUACCUGGCUCCCAAUUGGUACAAUCAUUGACAAUGAAAUCCUGGUCAUACAUGGUGGGAUAUCAGAGUCCACAGACUUAAAUUUGCUCCACCGUAUAGAAAGAAACAAAAUGAAAUCUGUGCUGAUGCCACCAAUUCCCUUAGUUGAAGACCAUGAUACUGACUUGAAGACAAAUAAAGUAGGUGCAACUCUUAUACCUCGGGAACUCAAAACAAAUGGAUCCCUUUCUGAGCAGUUAACAAAGCAUGAAUGGGAACAGGUUAUCGAUAUUCUGUGGAGUGAUCCCAGAGACAAGAGAGGCUGUUACCCAAACACAAGUCGAGGAGGGGGCUGCUAUUUUGGACCAGAUAUUACCUCCAAGGUUCUUAAUAAAUACCAGUUGAAGAUGCUCAUUAGGUCUCAUGAAUGUAAGCCCGAAGGGUAUGAAAUCUGCCACGAUGGGAAGGUUGUUACUGUAUUUUCUGCUUCUAAUUAUUAUGAAGAAGGCAGCAAUCGAGGAGCUUACAUCAAACUGUGUUGUGAUAUGACCCCUCGAUUUUUCCAGUACCAAGUAACUAGGACAACGUGCUCGAGGCCUCUUUACCAAAGGGUGAAUGUUAUUGAAAGUAGUGCCAUCAGGAUAUUGAAAGAGAGAAUGAUUUCACGAAAAACUGACCUCAUUCAUGCUUUCCAACUUCAAGACUGCAGUAAAUCAGGAAAACUUUCUAUGGGCCAGUGGGCUUUUUCCAUGGAGAACAUUUUGGGGCUGAACUUACCAUGGAGAUCCCUGAGUUCUCAUCUGGUAACCACAGACAACAAUGGAAAUAUUAACUACAUGUCCAGCUUCCAGGAUAUCCACAUUCAGAAACCUGUGAAAGAGGCUCAGUCUACUCUAAUUGAAACUCUGUACAGAUACCGCACUGACCUGCAAAUCAUCUUCAAUGUCAUUGACUCUGAUCACUCAGGCCUGAUUUCCAUGGAAGAAUUUCGUGCCAUGUGGAAACUCUUCAAUAGUCACUACAGCAUUCAUAUUGAUGAUUUUCAAAUUGAUGAGCUCGCUGAAAGAAUGGACUUAAACAAAGAUGGAAGCAUUGACUUUAAUGAGUUUCUAAAGGCUUUCUAUGUAGUGCAUAAAUUGGAUAAGUUGAACAAAUCAGAUGGCAACCCUCCUUAA